GGACAACAAAGUCCACACUCGUCCUCAGUGGAAACUUUAGUUUCAACCCAGUUUACGGUGUACAAUGGAGAUUUCAGUAUUUACGGUAGAUGCCUUCACCAAUUUACCUUUCAAAGGUAACCCCGCGGCUGUUUGUCCACUUUUGCAUGAGGUGAGUGAUGACUUGUAUCAGAAGAUAGCUACAGAGAUGAACCUGGCAGAAACAGCCUUCAUCACCAAGAUCAACCCCUCUGACAAUUUCACAACAGGAUCACGGUUCCGCCUUCGAUGGUUUACACCCACCAAUGAAGUGAAUCUGUGUGGUCAUGCAACUCUGGCCUCUGCAGCAGUGCUGUUCCAGAAUAAGAAAAAUGAGAAUUCUGUACUGGUGUUUGAGACCAGGAGUGGAGACCUGGCUGUCACCCAUCAGGGAGAGCGGUACAUCCUGGACUUUCCUCUUAAUCCGCCUGCCCAGGAGGAUCCCAAUGACUUCAAAGACAUCAUCAAGGCUGCAGUGGGAAAUCACCCAAUCCAGGAUGUUUAUCUGUGCUCCAACACCAAGAAACUUAUGGUUCGACUGGCUGACAGCUGUGACAGGUCAGUGCUAACCAGUCUGAAGGUUGACCCUGCUGCUCUUCAGAGCAGUGAGAGGAGCGGGAGAGUCAAAGGACUAAUCCUCACUAUGAAAGGAUCCCCAGACUGCCAGCCAGGAUACGACUUCUACUCUAGAUAUUUUUCCCCAUGGAACGGCAUCCCUGAGGAUCCAGUCACAGGGUCUGCCCACACUGUGCUAGGAAGUUACUGGUCUAAGAAACUGGGAAAGAAGAAACUGCUGGCUUACCAGUGCUCUCGACGAGGCGGGGAGCUGGAACUAGAAGUGAGAGAGGACGGAAGAAUCAACAUAGCUGGACACGCUGUCUUUGUACUGCAGGGAACAAUCACAUUGUAGCCACACACACGCAAAGGAGAGGGCCAUGGAGGAUGGAACAUAGUUAUGUAGCUCAUUUGAUGAAAGAGAUGGUUCAAAUAAAAUAAAACAAUGUCCUCCAGAUCGAUUAUAACUACUAGAACAUCACUCAUGCCAACAUAUUACAGGAUGGAACAAGGAGCUCAAACUUUAUUUGGACUGGAAUUAUUUAUUCAUAAAACACAACAUCAUCACUUACCAAAUUAAGAGACAAAAACAAAACACAGAAACAAAGCAUGGAAAUAUUGCAUUCAACCAAUCAAAGGCAGAAUCACAGUUACUCUGGUCACUUUCGGGU